AAAUGUCGGCUGGAUGAAAUACGUUGAAUGUUAUCAUGAUAAAAUUGAUUUUCGUUGGUUAAGUUUACGCGCAAUUUCCACGAGGGUUGCCGGCUGAUUACGUGAAUAUAUUUUCAACAAAAACCGGGAUCCAGACAGCCGCCCAAACUCGUCUAUAAGUUGGUGUAUCAAUAUUUUGUGAGGAGGCCUUAUGUCAAGCCAGUUCAAUUUUGGGUGGAUAGAAGAAGUAGCGCAGACGACGACGAGGUGCCAAAAUGAAGAAGUUGUUCUCCAAAAUCGAAACGAAGAUUGACAACACGGCUAAGGAACCAAACAGUUAUGUAGGCAAGGUAUUCGUCGUUGGCCGCUAUACCGUUACAGUCGAAGAUGUCCUCGCCGAAGGUGGAUUUGCAGUGGUCUUCCUGGUCAAAGCAUCAGGUGGAAGAUAUGCGCUCAAACGCAUGUAUGUUAACAAUGAACAUGACCUCAACAUAUGUAAGAGAGAGAUACAAAUUGCGAGCAACCUCAGCGGUCAUAAAAAUAUCAUUGGCUAUGUCGACAGUAGCAUCACUCACACUGGGGGAGGGGUUCAUGAACUCCUUCUAUUAAUGCCAUAUUGUAAAUCUCAUGUCCUCCAGAUGAUGAACAAUAGGCUUCAAACUGGAUUCAGUGAAAUUGAGGUGCUACAAAUAUUUUGUGACGUGUGUGAAGCAGUAUCUCGUUUACACCACUGUCAGACUCCAAUUAUACACAGAGACCUUAAGGUAGAAAAUAUAUUGCUGGCCGAUUCUGGUCAUUAUGUUCUCUGUGAUUUUGGAUCUGCAACUGGAAAAAUUUUGAAUCCAAACAUUCAAGGUGCUGCAAUAGUUGAAGAAGAAAUUAAAAAAUACACAACCCUUAGUUAUCGAGCUCCAGAAAUGGUUGACAUGUACUGUGGAAAGACUAUAACAACAAAAGCUGAUAUUUGGGCUCUUGGCUGUCUGCUAUAUAAAUUAUGCUUUUUCUCAUUACCUUUCGGCGAAAGUACGCUUGCUAUACAAUCGGGAAAUUUUACCAUACCAGAAAAUUCAAGGUAUAGUAAGGCGUUGCAUUGCCUAAUUCGAUAUAUGUUGGAGCCUGAUCCUGAUUUGAGACCAGAUAUAUACCAAGUUUCAGCUAUUGCUUUCCUAAUACAAGGCAAAGACUGUCCAGUACAAAACCUCCAUAAAGUCCCUACACCAGUCAUCGAGUCACUACCAUGCCCUCUGCUAGAAUCUGAAAUGAUCAAGCGAUCUUCAAUAAAAAUCCAAAAACCUACACCUGUUACGAUGGUUGAAGGCACAUCAGUUGCGCCGAGACAAAGGCCAAAAGGUCAGGGUGCCACUGCAGGUCCUAUAAGUUUGAGUGGUCAAAUUAUCAGUCAGAUAUCGGGUCAGGGAGGUCAAUUACAAACACAAACUUCAAUAGGCAAUUCCGCUCCUUAUAGUGCUGUAAAUCCGACAAUCCCUCCCAUAAGUACCCCGCAAACUUAUAUUGGCCAAACUAUCCCACCAAAUCCACAACAACCCUUGCAGUUACCGCCACAAUCAUCCUUUGUUCAGGUCAGCCCUCAUGUCUCCUCUCCGAACCAAACAAUUCCUUUUGGGCAGCACCAAGGACAGCCUUCUCCAUUUGGCCAAUCACAGAGUCCAAUGAUUAGCCAUUCUCCUCUGCCCCAUCAAUCUCCAGUAACCAUACAAGACAAGAAUCCAUAUUACUUUGAUGCAAGACCCGUCACAACAGCUGUUAUUGACGAAAAUCUGGACGCAUUGUUUCCGUCUUCUGGCUAUCCAGAUCCAUUUAAAGAUGAUGCACGUGUGAUGCUGCCACCGGCAAAAAUUCCACCACCUGUUGCUCCUAAGCCAGGUACAGUCAAAAUUGGAGCACCUUCAGUUUCUUUAAAGUUAACAACUCCUACCAAUAUUGGUCCACCAAAACUAACGACUCCGACACAGCUGCCACCAAAAUUAAGUACAUCAACAGCUUCAACUAAGAUACCAUCUGCAGUCCCACCACCUGUCUUGCCAAAACCUGUUCCCAAAAUGGAGAGUCUAAGUCAAAGCAUUAGCUCAGCUGGAACCCCGCCAGAAAGUCCAACGCUAACAUCGUCUAGACACAGGAGGAAUGUCAGUGACACUAGCGCGUUUAACAAAGUGUUUGCAAAUGAAACUUCUCAGUUUCUAGCACCAUACGAAGCUUCUGUCAAACCUCGUUCUGGGGGCUCUUCGCCUCCUGAUGUUCCAAUGGAUGCAAAACCAAGCAUAGGCUCUAGUGCCUCUCAUGUACGUAUUGGUGAGCUAUCAAGUACAACUGCUGGUGCAGAUGGUAGAUCCUUAAGUGCUGAAGUAGCUGCGUGGAAUCCUUUUGAAGAUACGCAACCAUUCAAUCAACUUACCGAGGAUCAUAUUUUUGGGGCUGAAUUUGAUAAAAUUAGAAGAGGUAGCAAUAGUAGCAUCAGCGGCGUUAAAAGCCGUGAAAGCUUAGUUAUGACCUAUUCGGAGUUGCCUGAGGAUCCGUUUGAAUCUGCUCCAUUUAGCUUACCCACGAGCAAGAAAAAUAAACUUGGCGCCAAAGCAGCAGCAGUUGCAGGAGGAACAAGCGUAGAUGCAGCUGUAAAAAUACCUGCUCCUCAUUGGAGUCCGGACACAGAGUUACCUAGGGUCGAUGAUGAAGCUUCUUUGCUUGCUGAAACUAGUCCGGCCUCACCACCAUUUGUUCGCGCUCCCGUUGAAGAUCGGUCGAAAUAUGAAAAAUUGGCAUUUAAUGCUGAUGAGGCAUCUAGCGACAGUGACAAUGAAGAUGGUCAAAGAACUGAAGAGAAAAUGAAAAAGAAGCGCAGACGUGUUAAAGGUGUUUUAAAGAGAAGGAAAAAAGGGGCCAAUCAAGAUUCAAACAAUCCACCGGUAGAAUGUGAAUCUGAUGACUCUAUUGGAUCAGCUAGUGACCUGAAAGCCAUGAAUGAUGAAGAUGGGCCACAAGAGCUUAACGACGAACGAGAAAAAAUCGAUGAAACAAUUUCUGAAAGUGUAAGAACCUGUGGUAGUUCAGCUUACCAUGCGGAAUGUGAGUCAGUUGCUACUCAUGAGGAAGAUCACAGAAUGAGAAAACCAAGGAAGCAUAACCGGGAACAACAACUCCCAACAAUGCAAGCAGAUCCAGUAGUCGGUCAUCAGUAUGGAGAAAGACCAUUACUGCUAGAUGAUGAAUUAGACCCAGAAGCUAAGCCUGAGCAAUUACAUGGAGACCCAUUUGUUGGACACCAAUAUGGAUCAAAGCCUUUAUUGUUUAAUGAGGAUUCUUCGUCAGAUGAUAUUGAAACAUCUAAGACACCGAACAAUGGAAUCUGGAAAACGGAAGAAGAUGUUUUUGCUUUAGCACCUUUUCCCAGACCAACUAAUUUGAAGAAAUGCAAUAGUAGCCAUGGCAGUAGCAGUCAAAAAAUCUUUGAACAAUCUAGCACUGCAAGUUCUCCUCAUAAUUCCAACUUGGUAACACCGAUUUCAAGCUCACCCAUAAUUGAAGGAUCUUUAGUUGAUCUGGAAGACGUAGCCCAUGAAACAUUUGAAUACAAUCAUCAUUCUGUAGGCCUCAAGUGUGCUUCAGAUAAUGUACAAACUAAUUAUGAGACUUUUGAUUUCUCAGCUUGCACACAGCAUGGCUUAAGUUCUGGUGAAUCACAAUCAGCGAUAGAUGAAAUAGAAAUGAAGAACAAAGAUCUGUUUGGCUCGUCACCUUUCAGCAGCGGUAGUUUUACAAAUCCAUUCAACAACUUGUCAAAUUAUGCGAAUGUAGAUAAUUCAUCUCACUUAAACACGACAACGCCGUUGAAAGAGCCUAUGUAUUCUAAUUAUAUAAACUUUGCACCUCAACCGUAUCAUCCACCUAAUGACUACCAAAUAAGUCAAGCUUCCAUUGUUUCAACUUCGAAAUUCAGCAUUGCACCUGCUAAUGCCGAAACAAUAAGCAGAAAUUCAUCCAAGGAUUUAUUUGGAUCAGUUCCAUUUGACGAAGUUGCAUCAUUAAGUUUAAACAAUCCACAGCGGCCAACAUCCUUACCACUCUCACAGUCGCCAAGUUUCGUCGAUGAUGCUCUGAGUACUAUUUUGUCAAAUAGUGCACUGUCUUCUCAUUCGUCAAGCCACGUUCCACAAACUACUCAACCAACAUAUACGAUACAACCUGUUCAUCAUACAUCACGAAUAAUGGUUCACCCCACAAACAAUAUUUCAAUGUCUGAAUUCUCAGCUGAAGUUCUGCCUCCGAUGUCCCCUGAUCUUUUGGUCAUGGAUACAUCUCCAAAAUAUAAAAAAGAAAAGUCCAAAUAUCAUUUGAUUCACGAAAAUCGUCCUGAAACUGUGAGUGCUUUACCGGUUAAAAUAAGCCAUAAGGCUAAAGGUAGUAGUUAUAAAAAAACACCAAAACCAAAAAAGAAUACAACGAGCACAGCUGGGUUUAGUAACAUGAGUUUUGAAGAUUUUCCAAGCGAUGAAAAUGAAGAGAGGAGAACUGGAACAAGAGUGGCACCCUUUGAAGUGGUCAGGGAGCCAGAAAAGAGAUUUGGCUCACUAAAACGAAGAAGUAAUCCGUUCACUUAGAAAUUGAAAUCUAUACUAAAUAGUCCAAUAUAAAAUUGCUGAGCACACAGCUAUGCAAUAUGGUAAAGUCUGUCAUUAGCACGAAGCACUGUAUUCGUGCAGUGUUUUCACUGCUGAUUUAUCAGUUUUUUAUGUGACCAAACUGAUUCUAGAUCGCUGGUAAAACAUUUUGGUAUCAAAUGAUUCUUGAUCAAAUCUGAAAAGAUAUCAUUGCUCUUAUUUUCCUUAUUCCGCUAGCGUAUUACGUUAUAAUGAAUUGAUAAAAACUGGUCAAUUAAGACAUAUGAAGAAACUAGAUUAUUGUACAUUCCAAAAAAUUUCAUGUGAGAAAAAUAUGUAUUCAACUUUGUGGUUUGAAGAAUAUAAUCCCUCUUUAUAAAUGAUGCUCUACCACAAAAUAGGCAGUAUUGUAUUUUAUAAAAGUAGAACAGAAACCUUAUUUAUUUUGAAAUUGGAGCCCUUUAAGGCAUUACAAUAUUAAAUCAAGCCUAUAAUAGAAAGGUUCAUCAGCUGAGUAACUGAAAAAUUAGGUUUCGCAUAAUCUGCAAAAUAUUGCAGUGGAGUAUACCAUAUAUCUUUACAGAAUUCAUUUUUGCAUUUAAUCUAUUCACACAUAAUAUGAGGUUUUUGAACUCAUAGUAAUGAGUUAGAGUUUACCCAAUUGUGAACUACAAUGCUAUUCGAUAUCUACUCAAACCAAGUACCUAUUUAUGAUUUCAUACGCUGCUACAAAAUUAUUGAGCUAAUUAUUUCAUUGCUCGGAUCAGUAGUUGUAUUAUCAUAUGAAGAAGUACGAUAUAAUCAGAUGAACAUUGUUGUUAGUGAUUGAGGCAGUAAUGAAAAAAUUGUUCUAUGAUAGAUAAUGAAUCCUACUCAGUAGUUGGUGAAUGUAUCCAACGUUUGUAGAACGUUUAUACUUUCAGAUAAUACAGAAAAAUCCUAUGAACGAAAAACUUUAUGAAUAAACAAGAAAUUUAAGAUAAUCAUUUACAUAAUAAUGAAAAAAAAAACAUUUAAUAUUGUGGAAGAGUUUUUCUCCAGUUAAACCAGGUUGUACUUGGCAGCUUAAUACCAAAAAGAAAAUAGGAAGAAAAAUAAUAUGAACGCACAUGCCACUAUUUUUGCAGCUAAGCGUUUUCACUACAUUUAUAUGUAUACAUAUAUAAUUAAUGGAUUUUCGAACUGUACUUGUAAUACAGCAACAAAUGUAAUUUAUUGAUAUAUAUAUACAUGUAUAUCUUUAUCCUUAUAGCAGCUAAUUGCUUACAUGAAAAUAUGUCUUUAUUCGAGAUUUUUCGGUGUACAAUCAAUAUCAAUAAUACCGACACUAUAUAAUUAGUAAUUGACUUCAAAGAAUAGAAUUGGCUACUAAUAUACGUAUACUUGUUGUACACAUUCUUAGAAAAUGAAAUUUGCUGGAAUUUCUGAAUCAAACCUAUUGGCAGCUAGUGGUGAAAAACUUUUUAAGUCAACCGGUAUGUUAUUGUUUACAUCGAACUCAAAACAGAAAAUCACAGCAGAAUGCUUAUCAUUGUUAGCUGCAAUUAGGAAUAUUACAAAAGAAUGAUUACAGAGUUGCAUGAGAGUGUCGGCUAUAGUUGUUGAAAUUUCUUAUUCAAUGAGGAAAUGUGAAGAGCAAAUUGUGCUGAAGCGAAAGCGUUUUAGAUUUGUAUAUUUCAUACCAAUUUGUUCGAAAUUUGUCAUUAUAGGACUCUUGUACUGCAUUUACCAAGACGAUUAUUUUUUUGGAUAUGUUUUGUGUAUUUUCGUUUGCGCGUUGCACCGAAAUUUAUUGAACUGUAAAAGUGAGACAAUAUUAUAAAAAAGAAAAAAUAUAUAUAAAUAAACGAGAUAUAUAUUUAUGUA